AUGUCUCUGAAAAUCGUUGUUGUCACUGCUUUGAUGCUUUUGGCAGUCAGUGCAGUUCUUGGAAGAGCGGUUCAGUACAAGAUUACUUACUCUAUAUUGAAUCACAAGUGGGCAAGAAGUAGAGACCCUCAGUCUGUUUACAUUCAAGGAUCAAAUGGAGAGACAGCUUACCAUCGGUGUGAUGCAAACUUCAAUGUAAUCAACCAAGAUGUUGUGUGUGUUUUUGAGAGUGAUAUUGACAUCGGGGAUUACAGAUGUGUAUUUCUGAGGACUGGAGGAAGAGAUGGACUUGAUCUAAAAAAGGUGUCGGUGCAAAUAGACGGUAUAGAGACACACACUAUUGUUCCUCAAGGCUGGGAUGCCAACUAUAUAAGUCUGGACGAUGGUGAAACCAAAAAGUUCUGUAAAGUUGUUGACGGUGGAUGGAGUGAAUUUGGAGAGUGGUCAGUCUGUUCUGCUGAAUGUGGAGGAGGUUCUCAAAGCAGGAGUAAGACCUGUACAAACCCAAGUCCAGCGAACGGAGGACAAGAAUGCGAGGGGGAAGAUGAGGAGUCGAGGACUUGCAACACUGAGGCCUGCCCAGAGCCAGAGAAAGUGUGUCCAACAGGAUAUGCGUUGUGCUGGGACGGUCAGCAAUGUAUCAACGCUUGGAAGGUAUGUGAUGGUGACGUUCAUUGUGCUGAUGGAUCAGACGAAAGCAACUGCGCAGAGAGAGUGUGUGAUGCAGGAACAACCAUGUAUCGAAGGGUGAAGUGCGCGGACAGGAUGCAAUGUAUCCGCGCUAGAGAUGCACCUGGUGAUAUACCCAGCUGGUAA